UUUGACGCUACCUUUGCAACUAUCGCUUCCUGGCUGAAUUCUCAACCUUUGGAUCAAACAAUUUUCUCAAAUUUGUGUAUGUGUGAUUCCGAAUUGAUCAAGAACAAUAUUUAUUUGUACACACUAUCAACGGCAACUCUACACUUUAUUAGUUUAUUGAAGCUAUACUUUAGAUGUGCUUCUGUUUCGAAUGAGGAGGAUGUCUGUCUACAAACUGGACAUAAUGUCCCAAGUUACGACCGGACUUUUGUUUCUGCCAAUUUGACUGAUGCAAUCGCAAAAUUAAGAAAAACACUUAGAGGGAACAACACCGCAACUGAAAAACACGAAUUUCAAGCUUUGCUCAUUCGUUUCGAGUUUUUCUCUUCACUUUUGGAAAUGUUUGAUUUUUUGUUGCCUUCAAAAACGACUCUUUAUUUGUUGAAUGCGGGUAUUAAUGAAACAGAAAUUGACCCUUUUAUUCCAAAUUUAUACAGUGCUGGAGAACAACUUCAAAAAUGUUUACAUUUCCACAAAAGAAUAUUGGCUACAAUAAAUUUUGGAAAGCAACCACCAAAAGAUGAAAGAGAUUCACUUUUUGAUUGGUUAUCAACUUUUGAUAGUAAUACAUAUCUUUAUAUGUCAACUGCUGGACUUCCAAGGAAAUUACAAUUAUUUUCGAGAUUAGAAGGUUAUAAAUAUAUUGAAGAUACACUUGAAACUAUUGGAGAAAUUAUUAUGAGUGUGCCUGAUUAUGUGACUACAACUUGGGGAAUUUUGGUUUAUUUUAUAACAAUUUUUUAA